UGUUAUGGUUAGGGUUUUUGUCUAGGGUUUUUCUCAAUCCGUCUCUGAAGCUAUCAAUUCCCUCUAUUUUUUUCAAUCAAAUUCAAUUUAUUGAAUUCAAAAUUGAAAUAUUCAAUCAACAAUUAAAAUGAAAGUGAAAGUAAUUUCACGCUCUACUGAAGAUUUCACUCGAGAGCGAAGCCAAGAUCUUCAGAGAGUGUUUCAUAAUUUUGACCCCAGCCUUAGAACUCAAGAGAAAUCAAUUGAAUAUGUCAGAGCGCUUAAUGCAGCUAAAUUGGAGAAGAUAUUUGCAAGACCAUUUAUUGGAGCAUUGGAUGGGCAUAUUGAUGCUGUUUCAUGUAUGGCGAAAAAUCCUAAUUAUUUAAAAGGGAUUUUUUCUGGUUCUAUGGAUGGAGAUAUUCGGCUUUGGGACAUGGCUUCCAGGCGAACUGUUUGUCAGUUUCCUGGUCAUCAAGGCGCUGUUCGAGGGUUGACAGCUUCAACUGAUGGGCACAUUUUAAUAUCCUGCGGAACUGAUUGCACUGCAAGGCUUUGGAAUGUUCCUGUAGCUACCAUUAUGGAUUCAGAUAACUCCAAACGUUCGGCGGAGCCACAGGCAGUAUAUGUUGGGAAGAAUGCAUUUUGGGGUGUUGAUCAUCAAUGGGAUGGCGAGCUCUUCGCCACGGCUGGUGCUCAAGUGGAUAUUUGGAAUCAUAACAGAUCUCAGCCAGUAAACACUUUUCAAUGGGGCACAGACACAGUCAUAUCUGUUCGAUUUAAUCCAGGGGAACCAAACCUGUUGGCAUCAUCAGGAAGUGACCGCAGCAUAACAUUGUAUGAUUUGCGUGUUUCAACUCCAGCGAGGAAACUUAUUAUGCGAACGAGAACCAAUUCUAUUGCAUGGAACCCUAUGGAGCCAAUGAACUUCACAGCUGCAAAUGAGGAUUGCAAUUCUUAUAGUUAUGAUGCUAGAAAACUGGAUGAAGCAAAAUGUGUACACAAAGAUCAUGUUUCUGCUGUGAUGGAUAUUGACUUCUCUCCUACAGGUCGAGAGUUUGUGACAGGAUCUUAUGAUAGAACAGUCAGAAUUUUCCCGUAUAACGGUGGUCACAGCCGAGAGAUCUAUCAUACCAAAAGAAUGCAACGGGUAUUCUGCGUCAAGUACAGCUGUGAUGCUACUUAUGUUAUUUCCGGGAGCGAUGACACCAACCUUAGAAUAUGGAAAGCUAAAGCAUCAGAGCAAUUGGGAGUGCUUCUUCCAAGGGAACGGAAAAGGCAUGAUUAUCAUGAAGCUGUCAAGAAUCGGUAUAAGCACCUUCCUGAGGUCAAGCGUAUUGUCAGACAUCGACACUUGCCAAGACCAAUAUACAAGGCUGCUGAGCUCAGACGUACAAUAACUGACGCUGAAAGGGUUAAAGGCGAAAGAAGGAAAGCUCAUAGUGCUCCAGGAAGUAUCGUAUCAGAACCUCUGCGCAAACGAAGAAUCAUCAAAGAAGAAGAGUGAGCUUUAUGCUAUCAGAUGCCUGUAGAAGUGUGCUGUUCUCUCCACCAUAUCUGAGCUAAUUAUCUUAUUAAGUGAGAUAUAGAAUAUCAGAUAUAUUCACUCUUUGUAUGUAGCAAUUUUGAUAGGUUUUGUAAAAUUUAAUGUUAUAAAUCAUUAUGUAUUUUUGUCUGGUCGACAAGAGUUCUUUUGAUUGGUUAAAUUAUUGCAGUAUCCUUUUUGAUCCAA